AUGGAGCGCUGGCACAGGUUGGCCAGAGAAGUUGUGGAGUUUCCUUCCUUGGAGAUAAUCAAAAGCCAUCUGGAUGGUUCUGCCCUGGUGAAGUUAGGAAGUACCACGGUGAUUUGUGGAGUGAAAGCAGAACUUGCUGCACCUACAGCAGAUUCUGCUAAUAAGGGAUGUAUUGUACCAAAUGUAGAGCUGCCAUCCCUCUGUUCAGAGAGGUUUCGCUCUGGACCACCUGGUAAAGAGGCUCAAGCAGUGAGCCAGUUCAUUGCAGAUGUGAUUGAAAAUUCACAGAUGAUAGUGAAAGAAGAUCUGUGUAUUGCAAAUGGCAAGCUUGCUUGGGUGUUAUACUGUGAUAUCAUAUGUCUGGACUAUGAUGGAAACCUUUUGGAUGCCAGUGUCUUUGCUUUGUUAGCAGCAUUAAAAAAUGUACAACUGCCAUCGGUUAUUAUAAAUGAAGAAACUGGUUUAUCAGAAGUGAAUUUAAAACAGAAGACUCCUUUGAUUAUCAGAAAGCAUCCAGUUGCCACAUCAUUUGCUGUAUUUGAUGACACAGUACUCGUUGAUCCAACUGCUGAAGAAGAAGAUUUAGCAACUGGAACAGUAACCAUUGUCACUGAUGAGGACGGCAGAUUAUGUUCUGUCCAUAAACCAGGUGGAAGUCUUCUUACAGGAGCCAAGCUUCAGGACUGUAUCACCAGAGCAAUUACAAGACACAAAGAAGUAAAGAAGUUGAUAGACAAAGUAAUAAAAAGUAUAAUGCCCAAGUGAACAAAAGGAGAGAGCUUUUCAAAAAUGGAUUUGUAAAAAUUGUAUUUGUUACAGUGUUCACAAACCUUUUAUACUAAAUAAACAAAUACCAAUACUA